ACGGACUCAGGCGUCCCGGAUCGGUAAGCGGCGGCUAGGGGACCAAAAGCGUUGCUGCUCCGCUGUAGUCCACGCCCCCUUCCUCCGCUUUGGCGACAACCCCUGCGCAAAGAAACGUUUGUGGUUUCUGGAGAGCACCUAACGCCGCCACCGCGCUGCUACCGGAGGUCCGGGCCAGGUUGACGGAAGACACGGUGAGCCAGCCCCUCUCCCCUAGGCAACCCACACAACCCGGGGUCUGAAGAUGCUGAGAUCAAUGUGGAAUUUUCUGAAACGUCACAAAAAGAAAUGCAUCUUCCUGGGCACAGUCCUUGGAGGAGUAUAUAUCCUGGGAAAAUAUGGACAGAAAAAAAUUAGAGAAAUACAAGAAAGAGAAGCUGCAGAAUACAUUGCCCAAGCUCGGCGACAGUACCAUUUUGAAAGCAACCAGAGGACUUGCAAUAUGACAGUGCUGUCCAUGCUGCCAACACUGAGAGAGGCCUUAAUGCAGCAGCUCAACUCGGAGAGUCUAACAGCUUUGUUGAAAAACAGGCCUUCAAACAAGCUGGAAAUAUGGGAGGACCUAAAGAUAAUAAGUUUCACAAGAAGUAUUGUAGCUGUAUAUAGCACGUGUAUGCUGGUGGUUCUUUUGCGAGUCCAAUUAAACAUAAUUGGUGGAUAUAUUUACCUGGAUAAUGCAACCGUUUGCAAAAAUGGCACUACCAUUCUUGCUCCCCCAGAUGUACAGCAGCAGUAUUUAUCAAGUAUUCAACACCUCCUUGGAGAUGGCCUGACAGAGUUGGUCACUGUCAUUAAACAAGCUGUGCAGAGGAUCUUAGGAAGUGUUUCUCUUAAACAUUCCUUGUCCCUUUUGGACUUGGAGCAAAAACUAAAAGAAAUCAGAAUUCUUGUUGAGGAGCAUUCGUCUUCUUGGAAUGAUAAAGAUGUACCCAAGUCUGCACUGUGCCAGUACAUGAUGCCAGAUGAGGAGACGCCGUUGGCAGCUCAGGCCUAUGGGCUUUCUCCCAGAGAUAUUACCACUAUUAAACUUCUCAAUGAGACAAGAGACAUGCUGGAAAGUCCAGAUUUUAGUACAGUUUUGAAUACCUGUUUAAACAGAGGCUUCAGUCGGCUUCUAGAUAACAUGGCAGAAUUCUUUCGACCAACUGAACAGGACCUACAACAUGGUAACUCCAUAAACAGUCUGUCCAGUGUCAGCCUGCCUCUAGCUAAGAUCAUUCCCAUAGUGAAUGGACAGAUCCAUUCAGUUUGCAGUGAGACGCCUAGUCAUUUUGUGCAGGAUCUGCUGAUGAUGGAGCAAGUGAAAGACUUUGCUGCUAAUGUGUACGAAGCAUUUAGUACCCCCCAACAACUGGAGAAAUGAUUGUUUUCUUUCAAGAAAGACUACAUCGGAUUCAUCUACAUUAAAAAGUACUCUGAAUAAAUCACCUAUACCUAGAGUGACAAUUUGCAACCAAAUGGCUAAUAAAAUCUAUUCUUGAGCAAA